AUGGUGACCACGCGAAAUGCAGCCUACACGGCAGCCACCAGCAUCGUCGCCGCCCGGGCACUUCGACAGCAACGGCGCGCUCGCACCGCCGAGGAGGAAAUCCUGGGGCUGCCCCGCGCCGGCCCCCCAAAGCCGAACAGACGCCAACGCAGGUCCACCUCGGCAAAAGCUACCGAGCCUCCUGUGCCCGCACCGGCCGAGGAACACGAACAGAUGCACCAAGACCCCGGUCAACAGGACAACACCGUCGUCGAGAUGCAACCUCCGCCUGCCCCACAGGCCUCCGUCUCGAGCGCCGCCAGCCAUGCCACCGUCCGCCCGGCCCACUCGAAUGACCAGCCUCAAGCAGUCGAUCAUGCCCCUCGGCCGCAGUCCCAAAGACCAUGGUGGGGUCCUAUCCGUAACGCCCCCGUACCCAAUUCCCCCGCAUCCAUCUCCAAGCCGACCGAAAGCCUUUUUCAGUUUGCUUCUGGCGUACCGACCACCAAGCCGGAAAGUAAGCCAUUAGAGGCUGGCGGUCAAGUACCUGAGCUGAACGCAUUCCCCGGGCUGGCUGGUCUACCGCCCAGGGACUCGACUUACACAGCGCAAAGACAGCAGAUGAUUACGAAGGCGGCGACGGCGGUGAUGGCGCAUAUGAAUGGGCAAGACGUCUCGCGGUCGGACUACGUUGACAUCUUGGAAGGCAUGUUAGUGGAUCCAGAGAUGCGCACGCGACUCCCGCCGGUGCUAGUCGAGCAGUACGAUGCGGCGGCCCAGGGCGAGCGGCCGACGCUCUACAACGGCGGCCUUAUCGAGAGGUUUAUCCAUGCUACCAAACGGGCCACCGAUGUGACGGCCCGGAUCAUGAUGACCAACAAGAAUGCUCGUCGAGAGCGUCGGGCACGUAAGUCCCGCAACCGACCCAGUCCGUCGCCAUACGAAACACCCAUCCCCACGCCUCAUAUGGCCGAACCCCUCGAUCUGACUCCGCCUGCGAUGGCCGGUCCGAGCCGCGACGAGCGCGAGGACUCCCGAAACGAGUUCCUCAACCACCAACAAGCGCAGGCCCCGAUGGCCGCCAGGCCAUCCCGUCCCCUGAUCUUCUCCCAACCCCUCACGGAGGCCAACCUCCACCGCCGUGCACAGAUCGUUCCGAACAAGGGGAAGGCCAGAGAGACGUCUGGCCUCUGCGAGGAGGAGAGAUCGGGCGUCGUGCGGACCGCCAAGGGCGCCGUCCGCGCAGCACCGUACCCCCGACGCGCUUCGGGCGAAACGCGUGCUCAAAGCUUGGCCGCGGAGGUAGCGCAUUUCGAACCGACGCCCGAUGAAUCAAGGUACUCGGUCUACAGCGCAUCCACAGGACAGCAACAGUCAGACGCCCAACGCAUGGGAGGAUCGGUGAAGGACGGGAUCAAGCGGAUGCACGAGCCGAACACGGCCGAGUGGGAGUACGUGCAGCAUGCCCGGCAAAAUAUGGAAGAGAUCAGGAGUACAAAGGGGCCGGAGAUGGCAGCCAAAGUGCACGCAGGCUACUUUUUGCUCUGUUACGACCUGAUGACAACGAAGAAUGUGGACUUUUUGUCGGAGGCCUUGCUCGAGCACAUCUCCGACACCUCGCGACCACCGAACAGCCAAAUAGUCCCGACCCCACAGGCCUCCGGCUCCUGUCCUCCUCCUCCUCCCAACGGCCAACUCGUCCCGGGCCCGGAUCCUCCUUCGAACAGCCAGCUCGUCCCAGGGCCCCAGGCCUCGGGCUCGCAGCUUAAACGCUUCGAUGAGAUCCCCUCGCCGCCGGAGCAGGUGUGCAUCCAUCCUAACUUCGGAAAGGGCACCGUCUCCUUCUGCAGGGUCUUCGAACCCGACAGCUCCAGUGGCUUGCCUCAUCGCAAAAUCAUGCUCGACACACCCAUGCGUCCUUCGCCCGAUGCUUGA